AUGAGUAGGUUGAUGAGCAGUGGCAUGCGAAGCAGCCUGAGGUGCAGCAGCCUCGGCAGCAGCAGCAGCAGCAGCAGCAGCAGCAGCAGCAGCAACAGCAGCAGCAGAGUGUAUUGGUCUUUGAGUUCUUCUCGCUUUCUGCAUCGAAGCCACCUUGCGAAGAAGCUGCAGCAGCAAGACAUCCGGCGUUAUAAACACCUGGAUGACAUCCCUAAUGCAGCAGCAGCAGCAGCAGCAGCAUCAGCAGAAGCAGCAGCAAAGGGGCAUCCGCUGCGAAUAGAAAAAGAAGACUUCGCCAGGGAGUUGCUGCAGCAGCAGUGCGCUAUUGCAUCUCUCUUCUCAGAAGAUCAGAAGGCAGCUCUCUUUGGUGAAGCAGCAGCAGCAGCAGCAGCAGCAGAUGCAGCAGAAGAUGCAGGUGCAGCAGCAGCGGAUGCUGCAACAGGUGAAGCAGCAGCAGCAGCAGCAACAGCAGCAAACACAGAGCGAAAAAAGCUGUCUCCAGCGCAGCAGCAGCAGCUGGACAGACACCUGAGAAAGGCAAUGAGGGCCUGGCGCCUGCUUAGACCCGAAGCAGAACCCUUCUAUAAGGUCCAAACCCUAAACCCUAAACCCUAA